UGUACGUACCGUAGAGCGUUGGGACGGUAGUCAUAUUACUGUCCCUGAGGAGCCUGCAGCUCCAGCCUCUAGUGUAGAGCUCACCCUGGAACAGCUGCUUGCAUGGCAUAACAAUGUGACACACAACCAAGGACAGAGCAUGACGAAAUGGUCCGCUCGCUUUGCACUUGGACUCUCAAACUCAGUUCCUGGACUUCAAGUCAAGGAGGAGUGCAUUCAUGAAGUGAAUGACAUUGUCUGUGCUGCCUUCAAUAGACAGCACAAGAGCACUUGCACAAUUGCUGGGGUGGAGUGAGGUUCCAACAGCAAUCCAGAUGCGCAUUGCUGGAGCAAAGGGCCUCCUGAUGUCACAUCCUGCCCCCAUCUUGCCCAACAUGCCUUUCCAUAUCUCAUUACGACCUUCCCAAAUCAAGAUUGCCCUGUCAGGCUUGGGUCAUCCUAUAGACCCAGCCAUGCUCACUAUAGACAUCAUCAAGCCUGGGCGGUUAAGUACUCCCUCACGACUCUCAGAAGAGACCAUCAUCAACUUGGCAGAGAAUGGAGUCCCACUCUCCAGCUUUGUCAAGUUGAUGAAGGAUGACCUGCAGGCCAGGGUAGAUGGUCUGACUCAGUGGUCCCCACCAUUCUCUGUAUAUACUCUGUACAGGAAUGUGGGAAAUGCUGAGUCAGUGACCACUCAGAGGCUGAUAAGGGAGGCUGCUGGUACUGCCCGUGCAAAGGGCUAUACUAGCCGUGAUGUGGAUGAGCAGGGGAGGGAUGAGGAUGUGGAUGAGGAUGGGCUGGAUGAGUUGGAUGAGGUUUUGAAGGAACAGUCAACUGCAUGGUGGGCAGAUCCAACCAGUGGAUGUCCUUCAACCAUUGCAGAGACAGUUCUUGUGCUUCUUGACUCUGGUUUCCUCCCUGACACAUGCCCUGUGCUUGCAUCCAAGCUGAAGAACUGCGUCAAGAUGGUCAUCAAUCAAUGCAAGAACAAGUGUCACAUCACUGUGCCUAUGUCAUGCACAGUAUUUGUUGUCCCUGAUCCUUGCAACAUCCUUGAACCCAAUGAGGUUCACAUCAAGAGCUCAUCCAGGAACUUGGCAGACCAGGAUGGUAUGCAAACUGAUCUUGUGCUUGGAGAUGUCUUGGUUACUCGACAUCCAUGCAAAAUUCCCACUGAUGUCCAGAAGGUCACUGCCGUGUACAAGCCCGAGCUCAGCAACUAUGUUGAUGUCCUUGUGGUAUCUACGAAGAACCACCACUACAAUGGUCGGCCCCUAGAUAGACAUUUAGCUAGCAUGACCGGUGGAGGCGACUAUGACGGAGACACCAUGGAGGUGUUCUGGGACCCGUCCAUCGUCACCCACUUCACAAACGCCGACCCGAUGUUCGCUCAAGAGCCUGCAGAGGUCCAGGCAGCGCUCAGCAAGAAUCCCGAGACUGUCCCAGAUUUCCUACAACGUACCUCUGGCUGUAGCGCCGACCUCAAGCUUGUCGAGAUGCAGAGGUAUCUCCUCGGAUCUCUGCAAGACGUCUCUAGGGUCGGCACCUAUUCGAAUUACUGGUUAGCUUCAGCAUACAAGAAUGGGUAUUCAGACCCGAAAACGAUCUUCCUGGCACACAUGUUCACCAACAUCCUCGACGGAGCCAAGACGGGUGUCACCGUAUCCAACAAGGUCUUCGAAGAGCACAGGAAAACCUUCCGCUCACUCCCGCUCCCCUGGACCCUCGCGCAGAAGCAGUCGAGGAACCGACACGAGUUCGUCGAGGAAGACGACAUCCCCGCCAAGCGCGGCACGGGUCUCCCGCCCUUCAUCCUCGAGCUCAUCUACCGCGAGCUCAUGCACCAGUGCGACGCGCUCGACAAACACCUCGACACCAUCUUCCCCGAGAAAGACCCGCGCACCAAGGCCCCCCUCGACAAGCACCUCACCGCGCCCUGGGAAGAGGCCGUCGCCCGCGCAGAGCAGGUCACGGCGGCGCGCGGGGACACCUGGAUGCAGAAGGAGCUCGACGCGAUCCGCGAGCACGUCUGCGCGGUGUACGCGCAGCACGCGCUGCGGGUCAAGGGCAUGCACGCCUCGCGCACCAGCCACGGCCGCUCGCGGUCCAGCUCGAGCCGCCGGAAGAGCAAGGGCGGCGCGUCGUUCUCGGACCGGCCCAUCGAGCAGCGCCAGGACAUCUUCCGCGAGCUCUCGAAGAUGUUCGAGGACGGCCCCGCCGCGCUGCCGGACGGCAGCGCGCUCCUGUGCUUCGACAAGCCCGCGAUACGCAGGCUGCGCGCGUCGUACGCGUACAUUCUCGACCGCGACCGGUCGUGGGGCGGGUGGUCGCGCUUUCCGUGGGACGUCGCGAUGCGCACGCUGUGCGAGAUCAAGGUGGAGGCUCUCGGUGGCGGGAAGACGCUCAGGGAAGAGUUCUACUAUAAGAUGACGAUCCCGAAGUCGUUUGUGAAACAGACAUGAGAACGGAAGAAUUGGACGGACAUACCAUGCGGACUGCGAACGGAGGAUAGGUAGCACAGUGUGUUUACCUGCUUGUAUUGAGUAUCGAUUGCUUGUAGAUAGUCUGUAGUUAGAGGUUUGACGAAGGAAUGUACGAACCUCGGUACGAGCAAACGAUUGAACCACGCCCUCAACUUGCCACAGCCUCACGAACCUUCACGACGACACAACAGACCGACUGAGAUAUCGAU